AACUGCCCAUGACCUAACCAUCUGGGUGGUCUUAACCAAUCAUAGCACAGUAUGAUACGGCGGUAAAAUGCAUCCAAUUAUAAUUCAGUAUGUUUACACAUAUGAAUAUUACAUAGACGAGACAAAAACGUUAAGACAGGAGAAAGGAGACCAUGUUGAGACAUUCUCUACAACCAGAGAGCAACAGCAGGAAGAUCCCAGCGCUAAGAAGUCUCACCACUGCCAACAUUGUGAGGAGAUUUUGCCCUUUCUAUCAAAGCAAAAAAUACACACGGUAGAGAAUCUGUAUCCCUGCUCUGACUGUGGGAAGAGCUGCAAAAUAUCAAGGGAUCUGACAGUUCAUAAUUCAACACUGGAGAGAAGCCCUACUCCUGUUCUGACAGUGGGAAUAUUUUCUCUCAGCAGAGCAACUUAAGAACACUCCAACAUAUACACACAGGAGAGAAGCUUUACUCCUGCUCUGACCGUUGGGAGAGUUUCUCUCAACAUGGCCUCUUAAAAAGACACCAACAUAAAUGUGAGAAUCAUCAUCUGUUCUCUGCCUAGUGAAGAUUAAAAUCAUUCUAUCACUUAAUUCACCAUAAAUUGUAACACACUCUAUUGUAAUCCUAUUAUUUCUCACUGUGAGAGAACUGCAGAGGAAAGGGAGUGUUUAGCCUCUCUUUACUUUACUGAUUAGUAUGCACCUGGUCAGUUUUGGUGUGUUUUGUUAGCAUUUGUUUUGUUAGCUUCUGGUGUGUUUUGUUAGCUGAAGCUGAACAAGACAGGAAGUUGAAAUUAGCAUCACAAAGCUAAGUCUGACCUAUUCUCUAACAUGUUUUAUCAGCAUAAGCAGCUGGGAGACCUGCUAGAGUACUGUAACUUUAUUGAUCUACUGAAUCAUUGUAGUUAUGGGGGGUUAUCUUUACAGUAAAUGUAAUGCUUUUGUUUAAUUCAUGGCAUUCAAAUUAACAGGACAAUGCUGUGUAAGGGAUAUUUGACCAAGAAGGACAGUGAUGGAGUGCUGCAUCAGAUGACCUGGCCUCCACAAUCACUGACCUCAACACAUUAUUGAGAUGAUUUAAGAUGAGUUGGACCACAGAGUGAAGGAAAAGCAGCCAACAAGUGCUCAGCAUAUGUGGGAACUCCUUCAAGACUGUUGGAAAAUCAUUCCAGGUGAAGCUGUUUGAGAGAAUGUCAUGCAUGUGCAAAGCUGUCAUCAAGUGGUCUGGCGAAAUGCAUCAAGAGAAGUUAGGAGGCUGCAGAAUGCACAGAACAAAGCAGCAAGGAUUGUUUUAAGGUGGAGAUAUGGUUCUUCUGUUGCAGUCAUGCGCAGUGUUCUUGGUUGGUCAUCAAUCGACAAGAUAAUUGAAAAAAACAUGCUUGUUUUAUUUCAUGAUAUACAUAAUUUAAAACGUCCAAGUUCUAUUCACAACGGUAUUCAGUUGGUAAGAGACAGACAUUCCGUAAAUACUAGGAAUAGAUUGUCCACCAUCUAUGCGUUGUCCAGACAGAAAAGAUAAAUAGGCAAAAGAACAUUUCGAUUUAGAGCGGUAAAGAAAUUGAAUAAAUUAGCUGAGCAAACCAGAAACCUUUCAAUAUAUACAUUUAAACAUUUUUAAAUGAUUUAAAUAUAAUACAUAGAAAUGUUGUGGGACUAUAGUAGAUGAAGAAUCAAUAUUUUUUAGAUUGACUAUUUAUUGGGUCAUUAUGUUAGUAUAUUAUGUAUGUUUGUAAUAGUGUGUUAAAUGUGGAAAUGUGUUCGUGUUAUACAUUUUAUUUUAAUGUUUAAGGACUCUUGGAAGAUUAGUCCAAAUGGGGACUAAAAGAGAUCCAAAUCAAUUCAAAGGGUGGCUACUUAGGAAGAAUCUCAAAUAUAACAUUUCUUUUGAUUUGCUUAAACACUUUCUUUGGUUACUACAUGAUUCCAUAUGUGUUAUUUCGUAGUUUUGAUGUCUUCACAAUUAUUCUACAAUUUAGAAAAUAGUAAAAAAUAAAGAAAAACCCUUGAAUGAGUAGGUGUGUCCAAACUUUUGACUGGUACUGUAUAUGUGUAUAUAUCUACUCAAUACGUGCCACGACACCUCUACACACUGGGACAAGCCAAUUUGCUAGUCACCAAUAUUCUCUAAAUCAAAUCAAGGAUGACUGUUUAACAGUCUUGUGGCCUGGAGAUAAAAGCAGUUUCAUUCUCUCUGUCCCAGCUUUGAUGCACCUGUAUUGUCUCCGCCUGAUAGAUGGUAGCAGGGUGAACAGGUCAUGGCUCUGGUGGCUGAGGUUCUUGAUAAUCUUCUUGGCCUUCCACAGAGAUCAUCUACAAUGCAUAUGUAAUGGGUUGAAAAACUUACACUAAAACAGACAGCCCUUUAGUUUUUUAAACCAAGUUUUAUUUGUCUAGCUAAUCAAUCUCCCUUUUAUAUUCUACAUGAUUUAGCAGUAGUUAGUCCAUCAAUCCAAUAGAUGUCGCUGCACUGUGGUAGUGGGGGGAACAGGAAGUUCCGGUAAAGAAAACGCCUAAACUGUUGUCCGUUUCUCUUUAUUACUACAGAUUAAGUCUGAGGCCGGUAACAUCAACAGUGAGGACAAACCCAGCCUGCCUCUCUCCUUCCACACUGAGUCCAAUCCUACAGUCACUGGGUCCUGAUUGUGACAGUGGAGCCCAGUUUGCACCGCAGGAUCCAGAGAUGGCAUCAGUGAAGCUGGAAGACUGCAGUCAAACACUGGAGCUGAAUGUCAACAUUAAAGAUGAAGAAGAGGAGGAGACGAUUGGGAAAUCUGUUAAUCGAGGCGACCAUGUUGAGACAUUCUCUACAUCCAGAGAGCAACAGCAGGAAGAUCACAGACCUAAGAGAUCUCACCACUGCCCACAUUGUAAGGAGAGUUUCUCAAUUCUAUCGAAGUUAAAAAUACACCUAAAAAUACACACAGGAGAGAAUCUGUAUUCCUGUACUGACUGUGGGAAGAAUUUCACAACAUUAAAGGUUCUGACAGUUCAUCAGAGAGUGCAUGAACGGAUACACACAGGAGAGAAGACUUACUCCUGCCAUAAUUGUGUAAAAUGCUUCACAUCAUCAACUGAGCUAAAAAUUCAUCAGAGAUCACACACAGGAGAGAAGCCUUACUUCUGCUCUGACUGUGGGGCUAGUUUCUCUCGACUGGGCAACUUAAAAACACAUGAACGUAUGCAUACAGGAGUGAAGCCUUACUCCUGCUCUGACUGUGGAAAGAGUUUCUCUCGACUAGGCCACCUAAAAACACAUAAACGUAUACAUACAGGAGAGAAGCCUUACUUCUGCUCUGACUGUUUAAAAUGCUUCACAACAUCAACUGAGCUAAAAGUUCAUCAGAGAAUACACACAGGAGAGAAGCCUUACUCCUGCUCUGAUUGUGUAAAAUGCUUCACAACAUACUCUGGGCUUGAAGGUCAUCGGAGAACACACACAGGAGAGAAGCCUUACACCUGCUCUAAUUGUGUAAAAUGCUUCACAUCAUCAACUAAGCUAAAAAUUCACCAGAGAACACACACAGGAGAGAAGCCUUACUUAUGCUCUGACUGUGGGGCGAGGUUCUCUCGACUGGGCCACCUAAACACACAUGAACGGAUACAUACAAGAGAGAAGCCUUACUCCUGCUCCGACUGUGGAAAGGGUUUCUCUCGACUGGGCAACUUAAAAACACAUGAACGUAUACAUACAGGAGAGAAGCCUUACUCCUGCUCUGACUGUUUUAAAUGCUUCACAACAUCAACUGAGCUAAAAGGUCAUCAGAGAACACACACAGGAGAGAAGCCUUACUCCUGCUCUGAUUGUGUAAAAUGCUUCACAACAUACUCUGGGCUAAUAGGUCAUCAGAGAACACACACAGGAGAGAAGCCUUUCUCCUGCUCUGACUGUGUAUGCAUACGUUCAUGACUGAGAAAAGUUACUCUCGACUGGGCCACUUAAAAACACAUGAACGUAUGCAUAAAGGAGAGAAGCCUUACUACUUAUUUGACUGUGGAAAGAGAUUCUCUCGAAUGGGCCAGUUAAGAUUAAAGUCACUCCAUCACUUAAGUCUUGUAAAAGAAGUGAUAACAGUGAACUGGAUCAAAUGAAGAAAGUGUGGAACACUCUAUUGUAAUCCUAUUGUUUUUCACUGUGAGAGAACUGUACAGAGGAAAGGGAGCGUUUAUAGAAUGUUAGCUUCUCUUUACUUCACUGAUCAGUGUGCACCUUGUCAGUUUUGGUGUGUUUUGUUAGCUUCUACUGUAAAGAUAUUGAGAUGACCUUGGAUUUGCCCUUAGGGUUGAAUAUCCUCUGUGAGGCAUGAGGUACUGCUUCCCUCUGCAGUUUUAUGUGGGGAUGAGCUGGUAGACACAACAUACACUGAGUGUACAAAACAUUAAGGACACCUGCUCUUUCCAUAACUGACCAGGUGAAAGCUAUGAUGCUUAAUGUAGUUUUUGUGUAUUUUAUUAUAGAUCCCCAUUAGCUUUCAGAAAAAAACAAUAAACUGCGAUUGCAGUGGGCUAAGGAAUGAAAACACUGGACUGGAAAAUGUUAAAAACAUUUCCUGGUCUGGUGAAUGCCUGUUCCUGCUGUUUCAUGCUGAUGGGAGGACUAGGGUAUGGAGGAAACCAUGAGUACAUGUAUCCAUGCUGAUGGGAGGACUAGGGUAUGGAGGAAACCAUGAGUACAUGUAUCCAUGCUGAUGGGAGGACUAGGGUAUGGAGGAAACCAUGAGUACAUGUAUCCAUGCUGAUGGGAGGACUAGGGUAUGGAGGAAACCAUGAGUACAUGUAUCCAUGCUGAUGGGAGGACUAGGGUAUGGAGGAAACCAUGAGUACAUGUAUCCAUGCUGAUGGGAGGACUAGGGUAUGGAGGAAACCAUGAGUACAUGUAUCCAUGCUGAUGGGAGGACUAGGGUAUGGAGGAAACCAUGAGUACAUGUAUCCAUGCUGAUGGGAGGACUAGGGUAUGGAGGAAACCAUGAGUACAUGUAUCCAUGCUGAUGGGAGGACUAGGGUAUGGAGGAAACCAUGAGUACAUGUAUCCAUGCUGAUGGGAGGACUAGGGUAUGGAGGAAACCAUGAGUACAUGUAUCCAUGCUGAUGGGAGGACUAGGGUAUGGAGGAAACCAUGAGUACAUGUAUCCAUGCUGAUGGGAGGACUAGGGUAUAGAGGAAACCAUGAGUACAUGUAUCCAUGCUGAUGGGAGGACUAGGGUAUGGAGGAAACCACGAGUACAUGUAUCCAUGCUGAUGGGAGGACUAGGGUAUAGAGGAAACCAUGAGUACAUGUAUCAAUGCUGAUGGGAGGACUAGGGUAUAGAGGAAACCAUGAGUACAUGUAUCCAUGCUGAUGGGAGGACUAGGGUAUGGAGGAAACCAUGAGUACAUGUAUCCAUGCUGAUGGGAGGACUAGGGUAUGGAGGAAACCAUGAGUACAUGUAUCCAUGCUGUGUGUCAACAUUGCAGGCUGGUGGUGAUGGUGUGGGGUGUGUUUUCAUGGCACAUAUUGGGCCCCUUGAUAAAAGUGGGGCAACGUUUGAAUGCCACAGGAUAUCUAAACAUCAUUGCCAAUCAGGUGCGUCCCUUCAAGGCAGCAGUGUAUCCAUCUGCAAAUAGAUUAUUUUUGCAGGAUUAAGCCCCAUGCCACAAGACUUGUCCAGGAAUGGUUCAAAGAACAUGACAGUGAAUUCAGCUUACUGCAGUGGCCCGCAAUCCAAUUGUUCAUCUGUGGGAAGAGAUGAAACGAGCUAUUCGGAGUAGAUCCACUCCCAGCUAACUUGACACAAUUGUGGGAAGCAUUGGGCCAGAUUCCCUGUGGAAUGCUCUCAACACCUUGGACAGUCCAUGCCCCGACUAAUUGAGUCUGUUCUGAGGACAAAGGGUGUUCUUAAUGUUUUGUACACUGUGUAUAUCAGAUAAAGAUGGUGUGAUGAUCAGUUUUCAGCAUUAGUUUGGGUGGAUUAUUUUAUUACUCAACAACUUUUGUUUAAUGAUAAAAAUGCUAUGAAUCGACUACUUGUGUUUAUUAAAUUGUCUUUUAAUACUAGAUUCAUUAUUUUAGUCAUUGUUGAUGAAUGUAUUUGAAUAACUGUGUUGAAGUUAAUUGAUCUGGCUGCAGGUAGCCUAAUGGUUAAGAGUGUGGGGCCAGUAACUGAAAGGUUGCUGGUUUGAAUCCCAAGCCGACUGGGUGAAAAGUCUGACAUUGUGCCCUUGAGCAAGGCAAUUAACCCUUAUUUGUCCUGUAAGUUGCUCUGGAUAAGAGCAUCUGCUAAGUGACAAGAUUGUAAUGAAAAAUGUUUGUACAUGAAUUUAUGCUGGGCAACCACUUUUUUUCUCUUAAAUGAAAUAAACUGUUUGAAGUGAAAUGCUGUAUAUACAAUACACAACAUUAUCACUUUGUUUACCCUGGCCAGAGGGACAGGACCAUAGUAAACUAGACUAUGUAGCUGCUGUUGUUAGUAGCCUACAGUUUCCAUGUAAUACAGCAUGUCAGAUCACUAAUGAUUAGGUGUAUAGGCUGCUACACAUAUGCCAGAGUUUUAGCUGAUGUCUAUCAGGAGUGAUGUGUUAUCAGGCUACCAGAGGGAAGUAGAGAGCGUGCCUUGAGCUUUGUGCGUUGUGCCCGGCCCGCCCGACAUGGUCAAGAGAGGCAAAGGGCAUGCAGCAACACUCUGAUGUGAAGAACUGUACAAAAAUGUACGAUUGUAGUACAAUAAAAAAAUAUAUAGCAUGGUAUUUUCAUGGAAUGGCAGUGACCUAAAAACAAUAUAUGUUUUCCAUUGUACUAGAGGCCUAGGAACAAAGAAGAAACUGACAGAUGUGUCAUAAUAGCCCGGAACUAAAGCUGCACUGGGAGACACAUUUGAAAUGGAAUACAUUGAAUAUAUGCAGCAGGGUGGAGAAAAAUCACAGUAAAACACGAUUUAAAUGUAUUGUCGGAACGGCUGUGGUCUCCAUUCAUGUAAUACAUUAAAUAUAUACAUCAGAUGG